AUGCCUUCUCACAACAGCGCUGGACCCAAGAUGAAACGUCUCCGCUCACUGACCUCCAGAGCUCGAAGCUCUGAACCGUCGAGCAUCAACUCGGAGGCCUCGUCACUGCUGUCCAGCCUGCCGCAGCACUUUGCAACAGCUUACGUCUACAUCGACAACACCCCUUCUGGAAGCACGCGAUCCCCCAGAUUUGAAGAGUCAGAGGGGCUUCGAAGAAGCUCGCGCUGCCGAAAGGAGAGACUCUCCCAACUCGAACGCAUAUCCGAGGAUGAGAACCAAUCGGAUCGAAAGACUCGAUCUGCUGAUCGUUCCGGGCUUUCAACUUCAUCGUCACGGAGGGCAGGUCCAUCGAGUCCGCGAAAGAGGAUCAAAAGAACUCGCGACGAUCCCAACUCGGAAGCUGGCAGCAUCUACGCUCACCUUAAAGGCUUGCCGGAUCUGUUUGCCGUUGACAACGACAUCAUGUUCUGCGGCAUCAAUCCGGGCGUCAAGUCGUCCCACUCUGGACAUCACUUUGCGCACCGCUCGAACCACUUCUACCCGUCCUUGCAUCUGUCCGGAAUCACACAGCAGAGGAUGAAGCCGGAGCAGGAUGUCGACUUUCCCACGCUGCGUCCCAUGUCGCUCGGGCUCACCAACCUGGCUGGCAGGCCCACCGCCGAGGGCAGCGAGCUGCUCCCAAGCGAGCUCAUCGCCGGCGUUCCCGUGCUGCUCGAAAAAGUGCAAGUGUGGAGACCAAGGACGGUUUGCUUUGUCGGCAAAGGCAUAUCCGAAGCGUUCGUGAAAGGACUCAAGCAAGCCGGUGCUAUUCCCUCUGCUCGACGCGAGUCAAAGCAACGCUCCGGAGCCAAGGCCGAGGCGCAAGAUCAGGAUACGCUUGGGCACACCGUCUUGGACAUACAGAUUCCGGCUGAGGUCUUGCGCGCAGACUCCGGUGGCGCGAAGCCGUCUAGCCAGCGCAAGCCUGCCCCUGGUAGUCCAAAAGCCAAGCGACUGCACUACACCAAGGACAGCGCCAAGGAUGAUUCCGGCUAUGGACUUCUGCCCAUUUGCGUCUCCCACGCCAAGCGAACUGACCGGCCUCUACGACUCGACGAGGUGACGCUGUUUUUUGUCUCGCCUUCGAGUUCGGCGCGCGUCACGACUCACUUUCUCGACGACAAAGCACGCAUCCUCUCGGGCCUGCGUGUGCUCGUUGAGCACUUGAAGUCAGCACCAGCUAGUGUCGUUGGUCGCAAAUACGACACGAUGAAGGACGAGCCUGGACAGGCUCAGCAAGAGCCAUCGGAAGGGGCGUCGACAAAGAGGGUUGAGUUGCAGAUGGUUGAUCUGACUGCCUUUGGCCUCAGAGUCGGAGGCAUCAAGCCCGAAGUGAAGCAGGAAUCUCCUUCCUUUUCCUAA